GAGGACAGAGUUUGCAUUGAUGAAAACCCUUCCCAGACCUUUGAUGCCUCUCUCCCGCUGCCCUGAAGUUAGCCACUCAGUCCUCUGUGCGUCCCGCCAGCCGGCUGCGCUCACUCCCGGCCAGGAUGGCAUCCUGUCUGGCCCUGCACAUGGCGCUGCUGCUCAUCUCCGGGGUCCUGGCCCCCGCGGUGCUCACAGCCGAGGGCCCGCAGGAGCCCGUGCCCACGCUGUGGAACGAGCCCGCCGAGCUGCCGUCGGGAGAAGGCCCCUUGGAGAGCACCAGCCCGGGCCGGGAGCCCGCGGACACCGGCCCCCCGGCCUCCACGGCCGCGCCAGGCCCCGAGGACAGCACGGCGCGGGAGCGGCUGGACCAGGGCGGCGGCUCGCUGGGGCCCGGCGCCAUCGCGGCCAUCGUGAUCGCCGCCCUCCUGGCCACGUGCGUGGUGCUGGCGCUCGUGGUCGUCGCGCUGAGAAAGUUCUCUGCCUCCUGAAGCGAAUAAAGGGGCCGCGCCCGGCCGCGGCGCGACUCAGCUGCA